AUGGAGACGGUCAAUACUGGCGCUCGCCUGGAGGCGCUGCGCAAGCUCAUGGCGGACAACAAAGUUGACAUCUAUGUUAUUCCAUCCGAAGACGCGCAUUCGUCCGAGUACAUUGCCUUGUGUGACGGCCGGCGAGAGUUUAUCAGUGGCUUCAGCGGCUCGGCUGGUUGCGCUGUGGUCUCCUUCGACAAGGCUGUCCUGGCGACGGAUGGCCGGUAUUUCAACCAAGCUGCGAAGCAGCUGGACGAAAACUGGACGCUCUUAAAGCAGGGCAUCCAGGAUGUGCCGACCUGGCAGGAGUGGGCGGCCACCGAGUCGGCAGGUGGCAAGGUGGUGGGUGUUGAUCCCACGUUGCUCUCUAGCUCGACGGUCAAGAAACUCGCCGAGAAGGUAAAGAAGAGCGGCGGCAAGGAUGUCGUGGCCGUGCCGAUCAACCUAGUCGACACUGUUUGGGCGGCUGAGCGGCCGGCGCACCCUUCUGAGCCGGUCGUUUUGCUGGACGGAAAGUUUGCGGGUAAGGACAUCAAAAGCAAGCUAACUGAGCUGCGGAAAGAACUCGACAAGAAGAAUGCCGCUGGUUUUGUCGUGUCUCUGCUCGAUGAGGUUGCAUGGCUGUUCAACCUGCGGGGCAACGACAUCCCCUACAACCCCGUCUUUUUCUCGUAUGCGAUUGUCACACCCGAUGAAGCCAUCCUGUACGUUGACCAGUCGAAGCUCAGCGAGGCAUGCCAGAAGUACCUCUCAGACAACAACGUUACGAUCAAGCCGUAUCAUGCCAUCUUCCCAGAUGCAAAGCAGCUGGGUGAGCUUGCUUCCCAAAGCAAGACGGCCGCCGAGACCAAGAAGUUCUUGCUGUCCAACCGGACAUCAUGGGCCCUGGUCCUGGCACUGGGCGGCGAGGACUACGUCGAGGAGGUGCGGAGUCCUAUCGGAGAUGCAAAGGCCAUCAAAAACGAAACGGAGCUGGAGGGUAUGCGUCAAUGCCACAUCCGCGAUGGUGUUGCCCUGACCAAGUACUUGGCCUGGCUCGAAUACCAGCUUAAGAGCGGUGUCAAGCUGGAUGAGGUGGUUGCUGCAGACAAGCUAGAAGCACUGCGCUCUGUCCAGGAACAUUAUGUUGGCCUCUCCUUCCCAACGAUAUCGUCGACUGGUCCAAAUGCCGCUGUUAUUCACUACCAGCCGGAGCGGGGAAGCUGCUCUGUAAUCGAUCCGGAUGCCAUCUACCUCUGCGACUCGGGUGCUCAAUACCUUGACGGCACGACAGAUACAACGCGCACAGCGCACUUUGGCAAGCCGACUGCUGCCGAGAUCAAAGCGUAUACCCUAGUACUAAAGGGAAACAUGGCCUUGGAUAUGGCCAUCUUUCCAAAAGGCACCACGGGCUUUGCUCUGGACGCAUUUGCGCGCCAAUUCUUAUGGCAAGAGGGUUUGGACUACCGCCACGGCACCGGUCACGGUGUGGGCUCCUACCUGAAUGUUCACGAAGGCCCCAUUGGCAUUGGCACUAGGAAGCAGUACGCCGAUGUUGCCCUGGCCGCCGGAAAUGUCACAUCCAUAGAGCCGGGCUAUUACGAAGAUGGGGUGUACGGUAUUCGAAUCGAGAACAUGGCCAUUAUCAAAGAGGUCAAGACGACACAUUCCUUUGGCGAUAAGCCGUACCUUGGAUUUGAACACGUCACCCUGGUCCCCUAUUGCAGAGCGCUAAUCGACACGUCGCUGCUGACUGAGCGGGAGAAAAAGUGGCUUAACGACUACAACAAUAAGGUUGUGGAAAAGACAAAGAGCCUGCUGGGUGAUGAUGAGAUCGCACUAGCAUGGUUGGAGAAGGAGACUCAGCCGUUUUAA